GGCGUCCGCCUGCCAGUCGGAACGCGCAGCCGGUGAGCGGAGGUGGUCGGAGGUGAAGCUGAAGCUCCGCUCGGGAUUUGGCUGAAACUUGAUGCCGCCGCCGCCGCCGCGGAGCGCAUGAAGGAGGAGAUGAAUGUGGAUGCUCUGAGCAGGGCGGAGCUGCUGACUCUCCUCAGUAUACUAGAAGGAGAGCUGGAGGCUCAGGAUGUGGUCAUACAUGCUCUCAGGGCUCGGCACAGGGAUUCCUUCAUCCAGGAGCGGUAUGGCCAGUAUGACCUCAGCGACCCUUUCCUGGCCCUGCAGCGGGACAGCGAGGCCAUGGAGCGCCAGUGUGCCCAGUCCCAGCCUCACGCCCGCCCGCCGGGCAGCGCCAUGGGGCCAAACCCGCUGGCGGUGCUCAAACUGGUCAUGGCCCAUUGUAAGAGGAUGCAAGAGAGGAUGAUGGGGCAGCUGGCGGCUGCAGAGAGCAGACACAGGAGGAUGAUCGCCGACCUGCAGGUAGAGAAGAAACGGUGCACCCAGAACUUGGCGCAGAGUGAUGAUGUCACCUCGCUGUUGCAGGCGGAGAGAGAGGAACUGCUGCAGCAGUUGGAGGUGGAGCGCUCAGCGGUUCGGAGGCUGGAGGAGGAGCAGGAGCGUGCAGUGAGCCAGGCUGAAGAGUCUCUGUCCCAGCAGCAGCAGCUGUCCUCCGCUUUGACCCUGGAGCUCCAGAAAGCAAGCAGCCAGGCCCUGGAGGAGGCGCAGAAGGUGGCCCAGCUCCACACCAGGCUGCAGGAGGAGAGCAGUGCCCUUGAGAGCCUCCAGGGAGUGCUGGAGGGAGAGAGGAGCCGGGUGGCCCAGCUGGAGGCUGGAGCCGAGAGGCAGCUGGCUGAGUUUGACAUGGAGCGAGAGCAGCUGAAAGCCCGGAUCAGGAAGGAGGAGGAGAGGAGCACUCAGCUGGAGAGACAGCUGGAGGAGCUGAGGAGGAAGCUGGAGGAACAGGAAGAGGCUAAGGAGGCUGUGAAGGAGGUGAAAGUGUUAGCUCCCAAGACGGCGGAAGCUGCAGCAGUGGCGGCGGUGUCCACUUCUGUUCAGACAGAGCCUGACAGCAAGGUUGGCGUCGCACCGAAAGCUGCCACAGUAUCCAAACUCAACGGCCACCACACAGACUCCUCGCAAGAUGGGAGAGGAUCAGAUAACGGAGGCGUCAUGGAGAACGGGGGAGGAGCGACCUUACAUUCUCCGCUCCAUCCUCAUCCUCACCCUCAAUCCCCCUCGAGCACAGCGUCCUCCUCUCUCUCCUCCUCACCCAUUUCCUCACCCGUUUUGGCCAAGCGUCUCAGCAGCCCCGGCUUCCACCAGUCCUCCUACCAGGCCGGAGUCAACCAGCGCUUCCAGGCCGCCAGGCAUAAAUUCCAGACGCAGGCCGAGCUGGAGCACCAGCAGCAGCAUAUUGGCUCGGCCCCGCUGUCGCCCCGAGAUCUCUCCCCCACCGCCACUCCCACCCCACCUCCACCAGAGAACAGCACCGCCAAGCAGCUCGCCCGCAACACAGUCACUCAGGUGCUGUCUCGCUUCACCAGCCAGCAGGCUGGCAUCAAGCUGGCCCCGAUAAACAACUCCCCAUUUGGGACAGACUACCGCAACCUGGCAGCGUCUCCUCCCGGGGGAAGGUCGCCGUCCUCUGGGCCUCUCUCCCCAGGAAUUCGCUCUCCCCUCACCCCUCGAUUGGAGAAGAGUCACCCACCACCGAUUCCUCCAAAGAAGCCUGGAAUGAGUCCGACACCAGGUUCCCCCAGCGCCUCCACCCGGGCCAGCGUCUUCCCAGAGCUAACUGGGAACUGUGGGCAAAGCAGCAAUGGGCAAGAAGAGGCCAAGGAGCCUGACUUGUUGUUAUCCUCCAGCAGCUAACAACCGGGGUCAUCUAGGUGGGGUCAGCCCUACGUUCCCUCAGCCCUAUGUUCCCUCAGCCCUGUGGGUGAGCUAUCGAAUAGGUUGGCUAUCAGUUAAGGUUAGGUUAAGGUAAGCAUCGGGUUAGGUAGAGGUUGAGUUUAAGUUAGGUUAGUCUAAGUUGAGGUAAGUUCAAUGAAUAGAGCUGAGGGAACAAAGACACACUCCCAUCUAGGCUAGCAUCUAUGCGGGGCCAGCACUAUGUUCCCUUAGCCCUAUAUUCCCUCAGCCCUGUCGGUUAGCUAUCAAAUAGAUGAGCUAUCGGUUAAAGUUAGGUUAAGGUAAACGUUAGUCAAAGGUUAGGUAGUGGUUGAGGUUAAGUCAGGUUAAGGUAAACGUUAGUCAAAGGUUAGGUAGUGGUUGAGGUUAAGUCAGGUUAAGGCAGGUUAGGUUAAGUUUAGGUAAGUUAAGUGAAAUAGGGUUGAGGGAACAUAGGUCUGAGGGAACAUAGACACGCUCCCCAUCUAUGCUAGCAGGCUAGCAGCCAGAUGCUAAUGGGAAAUCAUCGAGAGUUUCAACAUUAUCUCUACUUAAAGGGAAAAUACUCAAUUAGCAGCCGUAAUAAUGGACAGUCUUUUGUGUUUUUCUGAAACGCUGUUGAAAUUGUCUGCCGAUGACAUCACUGGUUAAAAAUCCAUCCAUCGAGCCAUCAUCCAAACCGCUUAUCCUGCUGUCUGGGUCGCGGGGACGCUGGAGCCUAUCCCAGCAGUCAUUGGGCGGCAGGCGGGGAGACACCCUGGACAGGCCGCCAGGCCAUCACAGGGCCUGGUUAAAAAUCCAACCAUCCAUCCAUUAUCCAAACCACUGAUCCUGCUGUCAGGGUCAUGGGAUGCUGGAGCCUAUCCCAGCAAUCAUUGAGUGGCAGGCAGGGAGACAGCCUGGACAGGCUGCCAGGCCAUCACAGGGCCUGGUUAAAAAUCCAUCCAUUAUCCAAACCUCUGAUCCUGCUGUCAGGGUCAUGGGAUGCUGGAGCCUAUCCCAGCAGUCACUGGGCGGCAGGCAGGGAGACACCCUGGACAGGCCGCCAGGCCAUCACAGGGCAAGGAAUGGACGUCCACCAACAGUCCACCUGCAGUCACCAACCUCAUUUCAGCCAGAGGAAAAAAAGAAAAAAAGAAAACUUACUUCCUGGUUUGCUAAUUGCCUGCAGUUUAUAAGAAAAUGGAAAUGUUAACAUCACAUAAAGGUUCAUAAUGUCGCGUUGUGAUUAAUAAUUUUCUCAUAUGACGCAGCCUAUCGACGAACCAGGAAGUAAGUUUCCACACUGGCUCGUUAGAGACACAGAAGGCUGCUCAGUACUAUGGAUCAUGCUAACAGCGUUAUACCCAUUUUAUACACACGUGGAGUAUGUUGAAAAUCCGGAUUGUUUCUGUUUAACGGAAUGAUAACGGCGUUUUCGCACGUUUUAGCCCACCUACUACAAAUCACAUAUUAACGCCUGCCAUUUUCCAAAGCAUACCGUAAUUUAGAUUUUGUUUGUUUGUUGUUGCUUCAUUUCAGGCAGGUUCCAUUCAUUCCGGUACGAUAUGAAAAUCAACUAGUCGAGCGGUUAGUGAUGUCGCCUUGUGGUAUCGAAUCCCGCACCGGGCAACAAAAUAACCGGUUACAUCGGUGGCAGCGGUGGGAUCCGGAAGUGUGCAGAUCCUCAGAAGUCUCUUCGGAGCGCGGGAAUAACAAAGCGCGAGGGCGCGCUUCCGGGAGAGGGUGACGACUGUAAACUACUCAUAAGACACGUUAGCCCCUAGCUAACGGGUCUGACCCUUUAGCCGAGCGGUUAGUGAUGUCGCCUUGUGGUGCAGCACACCCAGUAUCGAAUCCCGCACCGGGCAAGAAAAUAACCGGUUACACUAGUAACGACCACGAAUGAAUAGACUCGCUAGCUAGCCCUUGGCUAAUGGGUCGGGCCCCUUUGGUCGACUGAUUGGCGCAGUCGCCCCUCGGCUGCCCCCUGGAUUCCCUACAGUGCUUUCAUCGGCAUUAUCUCACAACGAUAAUGUAACUUUUACAAAGAAAGUAAAGGUGGCUUUAAUGGUCACUGUUGAUGGAUUAACCGUCUCAAGAAAGUGUCAAGUCUCUUCAAAGCAGAUUUUCAUCCUGUAAUGAAAUGAACGGAAACCAAUGGCUGCCUGGAAAGUAAAAAAAAAGAAAAUGUAAACUACUAAUAAGACCCACUGGCCGAUCGACUAGAGGGUCUAUGCUUUUAGUCGAGCGGUUAGUGACGUCGCCUUGUGAUGCAGUACAGCUCGUAUCGAAUCCCGCACCGGGCAAGAAAAUAACCGGUUAGUGAUGUCGCCUUGUGGCCUUGACAUCACUAGCCGCUCGACUAAAGGGUCAGACCCCCUAGUCGAUCGGCCAAGUGGGCCUUAGUAGUAGUUUACAAAAAGAUUUAAAACAUACUGUAGUGACAUGAAAUGUCAAGUCAAUUUUAUUUGUAUAGCCCAAUAUCACAAAUUUCCAAUUUGUCUCAAGGGGCUUUGCAGCAGCAACACAACACCCUGUCCUUAGACCCUAUUUGAGUUAUAAUGGGCUAAAUCGUAAAAAUACCGAUGUGAUCCUUUUAACAAGCCAUUAACAGGCUCAAGCCUUCUAAACCCCCCCCCUCUCUCUUUCUUAGAACAGGUUGAAUAAGAUAUCAACGCCUCAGGACUUCUCAAGAGUCAAAAAGUGUCCAAGAAUCUUGAAACAAGGCAGAACAAUCGCUCCGCUAAGAUUACAAUCCCAGCCGGAACAACUGACUCGAGAACACUUUUGUAGCACAUUACUUUCACUUGUUUUCAAGCGCAGCUCAUUUAAACCCACUGCCAGUUUUCUUUCAGUAAGACACCUUGAGAUUUUACAACUCCAAUGCCGGAUGAAAAGACUUGCUAAAAUGAAACGCCAUUUUGAAAGUUGUAAUGACCACGGAUGACUAGACUCGCUAGCCCUUGGCUAACGGGUCGGACCCAAAUUUAUGCCCCUUUUCCCACUAUAUAUGGUCCCGGCUCAGCUCGAUUCGACUCGUCCUUUUUUCGUUUUCCAUGACUGGGAAGUGCCGGCGUUUUGGUAACCGUUACCACUGUUCUGGUACCACCUUUGUCGGGGUUCCGAAAAAACUGGAGCGGGCACCAAAUUCAAUGCAGACCUCUGAUUGGUCAGAGAAACGCGUCACUGCGUCAUCAGUGCGCGCAUGGGAUCUCACCCGGCAUUUUUGAAUACCGAAGCGGAGGUAUCUUAAAAGUACAUUUUGAAAUAAAAAAAAAAAGUAAAUGGCGAGCCAAAAAGCCACGUGGUCUGUCGUGGAGGUACAGACGUUACAGUAUCCCCUCAAUAUCCGCCAUUGUUCUUGUUUGUUCUUACGAUGGUCGCGUUGAAGAUGACAUCACAGCCGGUUCACCGGGCGUCGCUAUGACGACCAGUUACACUGAGGGGGGGGGUAGUACUGUUACGCUAAUGGAAAACGGCACGGUACCGUGCAGUGGAAAAGGGGCAUAUAGUUGGGUUGGUUAACGUGGUGCGGGAGACACGGGUUCGCGUCCCGGCUGCGGCGGUUCCCGGCAGCCCCCCCCCCCCCCCGAGUUCGCUACAUUGGUGUCAGAAGUGUGGCGUGUUUGUUCCUGGUGUAAACUACUAAUAAGACACGUUAGCCCCCUAGCUAACGGGUGUGACCCUUUAGCCGAGCGGUUUGUGAUGUCGCCUUAUGGUGCAGUACACCCCGUAUCGAAUCCCGCACCGGGCAACAAAAUAACCGGUUACAUUGGUUGGCACCUAAAUUAGCCGCUGUGCUAAUAAACGGCUCUUCCUCAAACCGCGUCAGUAGCGCCAGCAUCCGCUGUCACAUGACGUCAGAGGUGGAUGGAUUUGGCUCACACACGCUUGCGUUUAACAGGCUAUGUUUCACCCCUACCUCUGUGUGGCUACCUAGCAAAACGGAACACUGUUCUUUCUAAAUCAAAUGUAGUAUACUCUAGAUGAUUUUAUUUGACUUUAUAUGAUUUCUAUUGUAAACUACUAAUAAGACACGUUAGCCCCAAACUAGCAAGUCUAACCCUUUAGUCGAGCGGUUAGUGACGUCGCCUUGUGGCGCAGUACACGUCGUAUCGAAUCCCGCACCGGGCAACAAAAUAACCGGUUUACAUUGUUCACUUUAAUCAAGUCUAUUCUUUUACACACGCGUCUGUAUGUCUGAGCUGCUGUCUCGGCUGUUAACAGAUGUUUUUUUUUUAAUAUUUCAUCUCCACCGGAACGUGACGAUAUUGAUCCGUCACGUGUCGGCCCUGCGAUAAUGACGCGGCAGAGAGAAACACGUGGGAAGGAAGGGGAGCUGGCGGGACUGAACUGAAAUGCCGGUUGGGAUUUCAAAGUGCCCACGCGACAUCCUCCUUUUUCAGAUGAUGCUGAAACCCAAGUGUUGGGUGGAGGCACUGCAGCUUCCUGAGAGGCGAUAGAAAGACUUGAUGCAGAAGCAAGCUGUGUGCUGCAGCAGGUAGAAAACAAAUGAAAGUAGGGUGUAGACAAUGUAGAUUUAGCUGACACUGUUUCAAGUUAAAAUAGUUUCCAGUAGCCCGGAACCGGUGUCUGCUUUCCCAGUAAACCCUUAUCCAGUCCCUGCACAGCUGGGCGAGUAGCUGGAAAACCAGAAACGUGAUCACUACAUUUUGUUGUAAAUAAUUUUAAGUCCUAUAACAUUUUUUAAGGGUCUCACUGCAUGACGUGAAAAGAAAAAGGGAAGAAGUCACAGGUACACUGAAUGCUCAGAAGGGAAAGUACACCUUGCACUACAUGACUGUAAGAGGAUUCGCCAGUAUCAAGUACACACACACACACACGCUGUUUAUUCAGGGAAAUGGCAUUUCUGAAUCCUCCAACCUUAAAGGGACCAAAUGUUAAUGUGAUAAUCAUUUUUGGUGAUCCACGAGUCUUUCUCUGGCAGUAAAGCUUGUACUACUAAACAAAAACACAGCACGCGGACUAAGGCUGGACUCUUACUGUAUUUUCUCUCCAUUUUCUAACAAACAGCAGUCCUGCUUUCAGCGUUUUGCUUUAGUCAGAUAUGCUCUGUAGCUUAGGCUCCAGAGGGUUGUCUUUAUUUGAUUUUGUAAGAUGGCCGCUUACCAGGCAUUAAACUGCAGUUCUGGUUAAAUACCAAGUAGAUAUUGAUAUUUGUACCAUUUAUUCCUACUGGUUACACAAACCAUAGCUUGCCCAUGUAGACGCCUACAACCAUGCACAUGUUGAAUUUGCAUUUUCUGCUGUGAUGCUGAAUAAACGUCCCAUGUCUUAGA